AUGCCACCUAAAUCUAUCUUUCGCCAGCCAGGGGCAAGAAACUUUCAGCUUGUGCAUCGUUCACAACGAGAUCCUUUGAUCCAUGAUCCCGAGGCGAGCACCCAUGUUCUAAAGGAGUUUGAGAGAAAAAACGCCAAAGGAAAAGGAGUACCUCAGGAUCAAGAUACCGAUUCACAAACAGGUGCCCAGAGAGCACCUGGCGAAGCCGCUCUAUAUGGCAUUUACUACGACGACAGGGAAUACGACUACACCCAGCACUUGCGAACGGUCGGUGUAGAAGAACGAGGUGUCGACAGUAUCCUGAUUGAAGCUCCCUUACGCCCGGAGCGUAGAGGCAAGAAAAAUGCAGUAUUCGAUCUUAUCCCAAAGGAGGCACUGCCGUCAGAGAAGGAAAUUGCGCCCAACUACGAGUCACAGCAGGCGAUACCCAGUGCUUUGACAGGCUUUCAGCCCGAUAUGGACCCACACCUUCGACAAACACUCGAGGCAUUGGAUGACGAAGCCUUUGUGGAUGAAGGCCUUGAAGAUGACUUCUUUGGCCAGCUGCUGGCAGAUGGAGAACGAGAGGAGGACGAAGUGGUCGAAUACGAAUUUCACGAGGACGGUCUCAUAGAUGCGAGUUCCAAAGAGGUAGAGGCUCAGGAUCCCGAAGAUUGGCAAAACCGGUUUGCCAAAUUCAAAUUAGAACAAAAAUCUCGCAUAGACAAUGGCUCUGUUAUGGACGGGGCCUCCGAAGGCGGCGAUACUCUGGCUCGACUGCCCUCCCUAUCAGUCGCUGGGGCAAAGAAGCGACGAAGAAAGGGGACGUCAGAUGCCUCUGGAUACAGCAUGAGUAGCUCUUCGAUGUUUAGAAACGAAGGAUUGACCCGCUUGGACGAGCAAUUCGAAAGAUUCGAGGCAGAAUACGAGCUCAAUGAGGAAGAAGAAGCUUUCAUCUCGGAUGGAGAUUCGGACUCAGACUCAGAUAGUGCGCCCGAUCUAAUCACUACUCGCGAGGACUUUGAGGCCGUUCUGGACGAGUUCCUGGCACAAGAGCAGGUGGGGAAAAAGUUGCAGCCUAGAUUAGAGGGAGGCACUCCUCAAGAGAAGCUCAAUACACUGCGUCGUGCAUUGGUCGGAGAGGACGAUCGGGAACUGGAACUAAAACGUCGACAGGCUCUUCUCGAUCGUGAGGAUCGAGAUGACCGACCGAUGCCGAUGCCGGUUGAUAUUGAUCAACAAAAGGAGCGCUGGGACUGCGAAACGAUUCUCAGUACAUAUUCCAAUCUUGAGAAUCAUCCUCGAUUCAUCAAGCUCACACAGUCGAAGAAUGUCAAAAGAAUUCGCCUCGAUGCAAAGACAGGGCUUCCAACUCUCGAAGAGACAAAGAUAGACGAGGAAAGUGAAGCAAGCUCCGAUGAGGAACUACCAAUGAAAGUAACAACAACGAGACCCAAGAACGAGAGCGCUGAAGAAAAGAAGGCCCGAAAACAGGCUGUCAAGCAGGAGCGCCAGGAAAGAAGAAAGGAGAAACAGAGCACCAAGGAUACCUUUUCAAACGAGCGAAAACAGCAAAAGAAGGCACUAUCGACACGAGAAAAGGGUGGCGUGCGAAAGUUGUGA